CGGAAGGCCAAGAUGGCUCCCUCGAAAGAUGCGGAGGUGCGAAAGAAAUUGUUGGAAAACCUCAAGAAAGAGGUCAAACAACUUAUGGAAGAAGCUGUCACAAGGAAGUUUAUUCACGCAGACAGCUCCAGUAUAACCUCCCUUUGUGGUGCUGUAGAGGCAGGCAUUGCACAUGGCUUGAAGAAAAGAGCGGCUGGUCUUCUUCCUGCUCAGGACACCCAGGCUGUUUUGGAAAAGCUUGCUCGUUUAUCAGAACCUGCUGCUGAACUGGUUAAAAAACUCUCUGGGGAAGAAGAGAAGAACAAGGAUGGGACAAAGAACACAUCAGCAGGUUCUGCAGAAAGCCCAUUACUCAAGUUGAAAUUCAACUUUUCUACAUUGAAUGGUAGCAGUAGGAAAAUAAAUGGAUAUAACAUCAGUGGCCACUGUGGCAAGUUUUUAUGGAUUAGAAUAGCUCUUUUGGAAAAAUUGCUGGGAAAGAUUGUGGAGGAUCUGCAAAAUAAUGCAAGUCAAUUUUAUGAGCCUGAGGCACUACUUAGUGACCCAGCUGAUGGAAAAAUAUUCAUUGAACUUUUAGAUGGUCCAAGUGCUUUGGACUUUUCAAAGAUGAAAACACCAGAUAGUUACUGGACGGAUCCAACAGCAGAUGAGCUUGUUCAAAGGCACAGAAUACACAGUGGGUUAUGUCAGCAGUCACCUACUACACCAACAUCUCAGCGACCACAGCUGGGAGUAACAAAAGCCUCUUAUGAUGAAAACCUAGCGGUGGCUCCACUAUUAGCAAGAGAGCACAUAGAGUCUCUUCACCAGAACUCACAUGCUGCCCUCCUGUAUGGGAAAAACAAUGUUUACCUUGAGCCACAUGAAGAACACCCCAUCGCUGGAUACUUGUCAUUACAUAAAAGCAAUGAGAGUUUGCUUCUGAAAUGGACACCUAAUAAGUUGAUGAGUGGUUCAUGUGAGCGGGAGAAGAGUCAGUUUUGGGAUUAUGCACUGACAGUGAACUUGAAUGAUGUGGUGUAUAUUCACUGUCAUCAGCAUGGUGUCUAUGGAGUGGUUAUUCUCAUAGGACAGGAUGGAGUCCAGCGUCCACCAAUCCGUUUCCCUACAACAGGGUCUCUGUUGUCAUUCUUAAACUGUCUUGAGAAUGGUCUCCACCCUCAUGGUGAACUGGACCCUCCUCUUUUUAACCCACGCUCCAAAGGCCUUGCCCUACCCAGCCUGAAGAAACCGCUGUCAGGAUCUAACCUGCCACUAAUGUCAUUCUCCAAAGGAGAAAACACAAAUCAAGACUAUGUCUUUAGACUGGUUUCUGGAACAAAACCAGAUGUUGUUGUCUCCAAAGAAAUGGAUAGAUGGUCUUCUCAAAAAUCUUUCAAGAAGCAGGGAGGGUUACCAUGGAGACGUCAGGACCUUAGUUCAAGGUUACAGUCCAGCUUUAGACGAAACCAAAAACAAUCCUCGCCUCACACAAGGGAAUGUCUCAGCACUGCUUGCGAGACCAUGAGACGCCAAAUUACUUUACGAGCUUUCAACGGAUGGCUGUCAUACGUGCGCCACCUCAAAACAGUCAGGACGCAUUUGUUAUGGCUCGUUAACCACAGCAACACCAAUUCCGAAGAAAACGGAGUCGAUUACACCCAGGGACUCACAGAACAAAUAUGGAGAAGCAUGUGUAGUAGUGGAAAGGUUAAUGACGAGGAUGAAGUAAAGAAGUAUGUCUACUUCGGCGGAGUAGAACACUCCUUAAGAAAGGAGGUGUGGCCCUAUUUACUGGGGCACUACAAAUUUGGAAGCACGCCUGAAGAUCGUCAAGCAACAGACAAGGCUGCUAACGAAGAAUUUCGUUACAUCAUGGAGGAAUGGAAAGAAGUUGAGAAAGUGAUUCGACAGCUGGAGAAAGAACAAGAAAUGGAUGGUAUCUCUAUGGACAGCACAGGCAGUAGAGACGAGGUCUAUGAACAGUUAGAAAUGAUCAGUAGUGGCCUGGAAAAAUCGGAGAAUUUCAAUCGUCAGAGGGUCAGUAUCGAGGAACCCGAGAUUGAAGGACUUGACGAGGUUACAAAAGCCAGAUUAAUGAACGGACAGCUUAUUAUUCCGCCUAAAAAUAGCGACGAUGUCGAAAGUGGAUGUUGUAGCGACUGCGGGGAAGACAAUGGCAAGUUCGUGUCAAUAUCAAGAACGUGCCAGCGAUGUAGCAAGAGAUUUCAUUCUGCUGUUGAAUUGAAUGGUAACGGAACAGGUCACGUUCCAAAUGGCCAUGAUUCCACAUACAGUGCCACCAAUGUGCCGGAGGAGUCACAGCAGACCAGCCACGACACGGACACUGAGAUCCCAGUCUUUUGUAAACAGUGUAGCCAGGGAAGCACUGGGUCUAGAGCAUCGUGUUCAUACUCGACUGAACUCCUUGAUGACUUUGGUUUAAAUCUUCAUCGAAUUGAGAAAGACGUGCUGAGAUGUGACAGAAAUUAUCCCUACUUUACUCACGAAAACCUCAAUAAACUAAGAAACGUCAUUAGCAGUUACGUGUGGAAGACCUUGGAUGUUGGUUAUGUUCAAGGGAUGUGUGAUCUUGUAGCUCCAUUGCUUGUUGUCUUUGACAAUGAGGCGAUAACCUACAGCUGUUUCGUGGAUCUCAUGCAGAGAAUGAACAAUAACUUCCCGCACGGUGGCGCCAUGGACACGCAUUUUGCAAACAUGAGAUCGUUGAUCCAAAUUCUCGACCCAGAAAUGUUCGAGCAUCUUCAGCAAAAUGGUGACCUUACGCAUUUCUACUUCUGUUACAGAUGGUUCCUUCUUGACUUCAAACGAGAACUUCUGUAUGAGGACGUGUUUGUCGUAUGGGAAAUCAUCUGGUCAGCUAGACACCUUGCCUCAGAACACUUCGUUCUUUUUAUUGCUCUUGCACUGCUACAGUUUUACAGGGAUAUCAUUUUGGAUAACAAAAUGGACUUCACAGACAUCAUCAAGUUUUUCAAUGAAAUGGCUGAGCGUCAUGACGCAAGGGCAGCACUGAAGGUCGCACGGGGUCUGGUGGCAAGGGUCCAAGAUCUUAUCAAAAACCAGUAAAACAGGAUAAACGCUGGUUACACAAACGGCGUAACCGAGACUUAAUUAACUUACACAGCCUCUCUUUUAUUGAGAAAUAUGGUCUUUAUUGUUUGAUGAGCUUAGAGCUAUAAGAUAUCGAGAAGUGGAAGUACAGCAGACAACGCUUUGGAAACUAUGGCAGUGGAUAACCAAUUACAAGGUGCUAAGUUUUGUAAAUAGAUUGUUAUUCGUCGCCAUUGGAGACAACUUUAGGGCAAUUUUAAGUUAUUAGUAGUGGAUGGAUGUAUUUUCAAUGUAACAGACCAGCUACAUAGGCUGGAGUAACACGUAAGAAGUGGGGUCUUAAAUUGUGUAAUUGCAGUUGUGUAUAAAAUUAGUAAUCCGAUCUAACCCUGAAAUAUUUAGGAGGGGGUCCUCUCCCCUAACUUGAUGGAGAAACAGUGAAAUGGUUAUUUAAAAUCGCUAUUUAAACCCAGUGAAAGUAACGUAUUGCAUAUGGUCUUUAACUUUUGUUGACUUUCGAUGACCAGCACUUAAAUGAUUAAUACUCGGUAACGACAAUUGAUACCUAAUCUUUCUAGUUCUGUUAACAAGCUACAUCUAGAGUACCUUGUGGAAAACAGAUUAGCAUUUCUUAAUUUUAUUGUAACUUUUUUUAAAUGUUGGUAUCGAGAACCACAAAAGUCCAGAUAUGCAUAAUGUAAGUCAUUAAUUUACCAUCAAAUUCAGUAAUCGUGCUCUAUAAAUUGGAUAUAUUUUGGUACCCGCUCGUCGAGGUGUAGGCACCCGUGAAUGAGGUGCAGGGGCAUGGUACAGGUUCGUGUUCCCUAAAAUAUCUUUAAUUAGGGUUUUUGGUUGAUACAAAAACAUUUGGUUUAUCAAACAUUGGAAAUUUGAGGUUAUUAAACCGAAGAAUGUCUACGCGAUUAUUUCCGUAGCCCAUGCUAUACUCAUAAUUAUUGAUUUGUUAUAAUUAUAAGUAUCUAUUAGCUUAGUACAACUACUCUACGUUGUGACGAAUCAGAGCUGCCACUAAAGUAUUUAUAACAAACGAAGUAACUCAGUUGACAAAAAUGCCACAUCAAUCGAUUCUUUUCAUUUAAUCUUUUCACAGUUUUCAUGAGCAUGCGAUUCCUAGCGAUUAACUUUAAGUUUCCGCGCCACAAGGGUGGUUUAUUUUAUCGCCGGGGGCAGAGGGGUCCGGAGGAUUUUGGUUGUGUCAGGUCAGUAAAAUUGACCUGAUCCUCCCAUAAGGCUCUGUAGUAUUCAAAUGAUCCUCCCCAGUAGUGGGCAGUUUUCUAUAACCCCACCCCCCUCCCAUUACUCUGUGUUGGAGACUGCUCCGCUCCCUUUAAAAACCACUAGAUUCCCACCCCGCAAAAAUCCCCGCUUCCCUCCCCCCUCAGGCGAUAAAUUAGACUGGUCCUUAAGGAUUUCCUAAGUUGAUAUUGCUAUAGUUUGUUGUGGAACGCAUGCUAUUCUUUACCGAAGUGACAUCAUUAAUUCAGCUGUGUGUUUAUUUUUGUAUCGCUUUGACUUUUCUAUGUAAAGAGUUUCCUCGAAUUGUUUUUUCUUUAUACGACAGGCAGCUCUGCUAUUAUACUCUGAUUAGUUCACUUGUUACUGGGUAAUAAGUCAGUUUUUGGGCAAUUUUCAAUUGAGUGUCGAAAACGAUCCGGGUUUUCUUUGUUUUUGCGCUACUCCCCGCUGGGGUUAGUCGAGAAAAUAAGUGCCAUCCUCUGAAAAGUUUCCAUUUGCUAAUGAUUUCGAUACCUUUGUCAUAAUUGGUCGUUGUGAUUACUUCGGUUUUGGUUCGUCGAGAGUCAAUUGGAAACUGCCCUUAUGGUCAAGUGACUGCGUUUUCAGGGUAAACCUCAAAUGCUGUGGAACAGAAAGAGAGCGAUGUGUAUUGUACUAACAUACAUGUGACAAUACAAGUAAAAUGAAAACAUAAGCCA